AUGAACCAACCAUCAGCUCUUGGGCUGAACGAAUCCCGUCCAAAGACUAAUGUCCGGCUGACAAUUUCAGCAAAUAACCUAAUGGACCUUGAUGUCUUUUCAGUAAGUGACCCAAUUUGCAUAAUUUACGAGAAAACGAGUGGAAGAAAAGCGACGACGACUGAUUCAAUAACUCUUCCAACUUGGAGAGACCGUCAAUGGACUGAAAGAGGAAGAACUGAAAUUGUGUGGAAUGAUUUGAAUCCUCAAUUCAAGACGACGUUCCUACUACCGUACUUUUUCGAAGAGACUCAGUUACUUCGUUUUGAGUUAUACGACGUCGAUAGUAAAAUUGUGGGAACAGAUUUGACUGCUCAUGAUUUUUUGGGUCGAUUCGAAUGUGUUCUUGCCCAGAUUGUCAGCUAUUCCACAUUCAGAGCUCAUCUCGGAGGGCAAGAACAAAUUGGAUGUCAAGUGAAACCAAAAGACAAAAACUCAAAGAACGGAACUAUAACAAUUCGUGCUGAAGAGGACGAGAAAAAUGAAAAAAUACAAUUCGAUGUGUGUGGAGAAGGACUUGAUCGUAAAGAUUUCUUCGGGAAAUCGGAUCCAUAUCUCAAUUUUAAAAGAAGAUUCGACGAUGGAAGUUCUCAUAUGAUUCAUCAAACAGAAGUCAAACCAAAGACUUUGAAUCCGAGAUGGGCAACUGUUCAGAUUAACACACAGGCUCUUUGUGGAAAGAAUCCAGACCGCCCAAUUAUAAUCGAAUGCUAUGACCACGAGAAAUUCAAGAAACAGAAUGAUAUCAUCGGAGUUUCUCAAAUCAGUCUUGGUCAAUUGUUGUCAGAAGCUGGGAAAACAGGAGCGACGCUCCAAAUUCCUUUGAUCAACGAGAAGAAGAAGGCAAAGAAAAGUAAAUACAAAAACGCUGGAAUAUUAAAAUUCUGGAAUGCGAAAAUCGUCAUCGAGCCCACAUUUCUUGAUUUCAUUUCCGGCGGAACCCAAUUGGAUUUUGCUGUUGCUGUUGAUUUUACAGCUUCAAAUGGAAAUCCAGCUCAAUCGUCUUCUCUUCAUUAUAUGGCGUCCGGAUAUCCAAACCAAUACGAAAUUGCUCUGAGAGCUGUUCUGAGCAUUUGCCAGCACUACAACUCAUCCAAAACGUUUGAAGCUUAUGGUUUUGGAGCGAAAUUGCCUGGACAACAUGGAGUUUCUGCAGUUUUUCCAUUGGAUCUUCGCGCUCACAAUCCAUCAGUCGUUGGAAUAAAUGGAGUGAUGUCCGCCUAUCGUCAUGCUCUUCAGAGUGUUACUCUUUACGGACCAACGAAUUUCUCUCCAAUUAUUGAACAAGUAGCAAAGAAAGCACAGAGAAUGAUAAACAGUACUGCCAGAUAUCAGAUUCUUCUGAUCAUUACAGAUGGAAUCAUUUCGGAUAUGUACGCUACGAUUAACACUGUUAUUAGUGCAUCCGGUCUUCCCCUUUCCAUUAUCAUCGUUGGUGUUGGAAACGAAGAUUUUGAGAGAAUGCACGAAUUGGACAGUGAUGACGCACUUCUUCAACAAGACUCAAGAAUUGCUCAACGAGAUAUUGUCCAAUUUGUGACAAUGCGCGAUUUCUUGAAUCGGUCGACUGGCGGAUAUCUAGAUACCGACACUGUUAUGGAGAAUCUGGCACGCGAAGUACUGUAUGAAGUGCCUGCUCAGCUGACAGGCUACAUGAAACAGAGAGGAUUCGGACCAAGAAGUGCAGAUGAUCCAUGGCAAAGAGAUUCUCCUCCAGAUGACUACGAUCCGAUGAUGGAUCAUGUUCAUUAUAACAAUACAGCAACUGCUCCACCCCUAUAUCCACAAGUCUAG